UGUAGAAUGCUGCAGAAAAUGUGAGACGAAGAGAGUGACAGAGGAAAGAGCUGCAGCAGGGGCUAAUAAGCAUUAAUAUUAAUAACCUUGUUAACCUUCCUACCAGACAGAAUGCAUUAUCUCACCAUCUUUGCUCUGCUGGUUGCUUAUGCCUGGGCAGAAGACUCCCACUACUCGUUUUCACCGUCUGUGGGAUCAGGGAGUGGAACCUCGUUCAGUAUAACCGGUGAGGAAAGAAUCACAGCCAUUCGAGUCUGGGAGCUCUAUGGAAACCACAUCUACGGCAUCCAGGUACGCCACGGAUCCGUUUGGUCCCAGAUUGCUGGCUACACGUACAACAACCCCAUAGAGUUUGAGUUAUUCGAAGACGAAAGAAUCAUCCAAGUCUCCGGAAAACAUGCUCACUACAUUCAGUCGCUGAUCUUUGUCACCAACAAGGGUCGCUCGAUGUUUGCAGGCCAGCCUUCAGGCAAUUCCUUCAACAUGUAUCCCACGCACCAGGAUGCCGAGCUGCGCUUCAUCAGCGGGAGGUAUCAUGGAGGCCUCAGCUCGUUCCAGGCCCACUGGGCCGUACUGAAUGAGAGUAAUGAUUGGUGAAUAAAAUAGACCACUGUGGUCUGUCCUCUACACUUAA